UUGACCCACUGGCCUCUUUAUUGGGUAUGAGCUGUUGGGUUCCUAGGAACAAUGAGUUGAACCCAAGAACACAUCUCUUCACAAUCCAAAUCUUAACCCAGAGAGAAAAAUCCUUAAUUUUCUCACUCCUCUAAUGGCUAAAUCUGUUCAUUUCCUGAUAAUCUUUCAAAUAUCACUUCUAAAUCUCUUCACCUUCUUGGCCUCAGUUCAAGCUCAAGACCAGUUCAUCUACCAUGGCUUCCGUGAAGCCAAACUUCGUGAAGAUGGACUCACAAACGUCCACCCCAAUGGUCUGUUGCAAUUAACCAACAGUUCAAGAAGACAGGUUGGCCGAGCUUUCUAUCCUCAACAACUGAAAUUCAACGCCUCCUCGUCAAAUUCAUCUGAGUCUCUCUCUUUUUCCACCUAUUUUGUCUUCGCCAUCGUUCCUGAACCCAGAAUUCCCAACGGCCAUGGCUUCGCCUUCACCAUCUCGCCGUCGGUGAUCUUUCCCGCAUCACUGACGAACCAGUAUUUGGGUCUUCUCAACGCUUCCAACAACGGUCUGGCAUCGAACCACAUGUUCGCCGUUGAGUUUGAUACUCUGAAGAACCCUGAGUUUGAAGAUAUCGACGGCAAUCAUGUGGGUAUUGAUCUCAAUAGCCUUACAUCCAAUUUUUCGGCGACGGCGGCGUAUUUUUCCGACCGGGAGGGGACGAACAAGAGCUUGCAGCUUAUGAGUGGAAACCCACUGCAGGUUUGGAUCGAUUAUGAUGGAGUGAAAAAGUUUCUCACCGUUACAAUUGCUCCGAUCAGAAUUCCGAGACCCAAUCGACCUCUCUUGUCAAGGGCUGUUGAUCUUUCUGAAAUUUUCAACGAAUCUAUGUAUGUUGGUUUCUCCGCAGCUACAGGGUCAGCUGUGGCAAGCAACCAUUAUGUUCUUGGGUGGAGCUUCAACAAAACUGGGGCAGCACAAAUCUUAGAUCCCUCAAAACUUCCUCAAUCUCCCAAGCCCAGAAAAUUAAGAACAAUACCCGUUCUAGAAAUUACAGUCUCAGCCGUAACAGUACUGAUUGUGAUGAUCAUCACUGUGGUUGGGAUUGCUUACAUCAAACGGAAAAAAAAGUAUGAAGAAAUACGCGAGGAUUGGGAAGAGGAAUAUGGACCUCAGAGGUUCUUCUACAAGGAUGUAUACAAAGCAACCAAAGGCUUCAAGGAAGAAGAGCUUAUCGGAGCUGGAGGUUUUGGAAAGGUUUAUAAAGGAGUACUUCCAUCUUCCAAUGCACAAAUUGCAGUGAAGAAAGUCUCUCAUAAUUCGGCUCAAGGGAUGAAAGAAUUUGUGGCUGAACUUGCCACCAUGGGAAGGCUAAGGCAUAGGAACUUGGUGGCCCUCCUUGGCUACUGCCGAGGAAAGGGAGAGCUUCUUUUGAUCUAUGAUUAUAUGCCAAAUGGAAGUCUCGACAAGUUCUUAUUCAGCAACGAAAAACCAUAUCUUAAUUGGACUCAACGCUUUCGAAUCCUCAGAGGGAUAGCAUCAGCCCUUCUAUAUCUGCACGAAGAGUGGGAACAAGUUGUUCUACAUAGAGAUGUGAAGGCCAGUAACGUUCUGUUAGACGGUGAUCUAAACGGGCGUCUCGGAGAUUUUGGGCUUGCCAGGCUCUAUGAUCAUGGUGCAAACCCUCAAACCACUCAUGUGGUUGGCACCGUUGGCUAUCUCGCGCCAGAGCUUACUGUAACUGGUAAGGCAACUACGAGCACCGAUGUCUUUUCGUUUGGGGCGUUUAUGCUCGAAAUGGCUUGUGCAAGGAGGCCUAUGGAAGUGAACGGAUUGCCUGAAGAGAUGAUUCUGGUUGAUUGGGUUUUCGAGAAAUGGAGACAAGGAACGAUUCUCGAGACGUGUGAUCCUAAAUUGGGAGGGGAUUAUGUGUUGGAGGAAAUGGAAUUGGUUUUGAAGCUUGGUCUUAUUUGCUCUCACUCUAAUCCGGCGGCUAGGCCUAGCAUGAGGCAAGUGAUGCAGUUUUUGGAUGGGGAUGCAAUUUUGCCUGAUAUACUUAUUGACAGUGCAGGAGUUGGGAUGGUUGUAAUGGGCAGUGAAGCUCCUAAUUCAUUUGAAUUGUCAUCGUAUGGGAAGAUUUCUGUUCAAUCGAUGUCCAGCAACGACUCUGUCCUCCACGUUGGCCGCUGAAUUCAAGAUGUUCAAUGUAGUGGAUAUGCCUGAUGUGGUGUUAAUGCUUUUGCUUUGUAAAAAUAACUCUUUGUUUGAGAAUUGUUUUUACUUAUCAAUAUAUGGGCAGAUACCUGGAUACUGCCUUAAUAGCUCUCAAGUUGUAGAUCUUUUUUUUGAGUUAGUAAAUCCCUUAAUACGAAUAGAAAGGAAGCAGCAUACGUUAUCUUGCAUUCGAAAUCCAUGGCAGUGGUCUUUUUGAUUUUUUUUUUUCUGCUUAAACCACCCAGAAUUUAACUAUGAACCAG